AUGCGGCGCCUCGCCUUGGCUAAGUCGGCGGCUCCCUACGUCAUACCGACAGAGCGCGGUGCACUCGAGAGGCUGCUUCAGUUCCCAGAGUUGCAACAUGGAUUCGAUCCUGAACCCACAGUCUACCGCUUCGGAACUGACAAUCCGACAGAACAGGUCCAGGAGGGGAAAGAGGCUGCAGCUCUGGAGCUGGGCGCCCUGCUGGACGCUGGAGGCAGCGCCGUGGUGACUCUGGUGGCGGGCGACACUCGUCUGGCAGCGCACAGGGCCGUCCUGGCCGCCAGGAGUCCCGUGUUCGCCUCUAUUUUCAGCCACGGCACGCUGGAGGCCACAGUACCAGACAUGGGGGGCCAGUUACUGCGCCAUCUCGUGGCCUACAUGUAUACCCUGCAGGCCCCGCAGCUGGCCAGAAUGGCCCCCCAGCUGCUGGUCGCGGCUGAUAAGUACGGCUUGUCAGGCCUGAAGGCACAGUGCGAGCAGCAGCUGGCUGCACAGCUGUCUGUUGAGACUGCGGUGGCCACAGCUGUGCUCGCUAUUCGGAACUCCUGA